AUGCUGGAACCACAGAAUGGCUUGAUUGACCUACCAGAUUAUGAGCAUGUGGAAGAUGAAACUUUUCCUCCUUUCCCACCUCCAGCGUCUCCACAGAGAGAAGAUGGUGAGGGAGCUGAACCUGAUGAAGAGUUAGGGAGAGGAGCACCUGUUCCUGUACCUCCAAAGAGAACAGUUAAACGGAAUAUACCCAGGCUGGAUGCUCAGAGAUUAAUUUCAGAGAGAGGGCUUCCGGCAUUACGGCAUGUGUUUGAUAAGGCAAAAUUCAAAGGUAAAGGCUAUGAGGCUGAAGACUUGAAAACGCUAAUCAGACACAUGGAGCAUUGGGCACAUAGGCUAUUCCCUAAACUGCAGUUUGAGGAUUUUAUUGACAGAGUUGAAUACCUGGGAAGUAAAAAGGAAGUUCAGACUUGUUUAAAACGAAUUCGACUUGACCUUCCUAUUUUACAUGAAGAUUUUAUUAAUAAUAAUGAUGAAGUAAGAGAAAAUAAUGUACAUGAUGUAGCUGCUACCGAAUCAGAUCCCUUUUUGACAAGCUCAUUGGAAAGUGAGAAGUUUGCUUCUGAGUCCAGUAGAAGCCUCACAGAAGAAGAACAACAGAGAAUUGAGAGAAAUAAACAACUGGCCUUGGAAAGAAGGCAGGCAAAGCUACUGAGUAAUAGUCAGUCCCUCGGAAAUGACUCAUUAGCGAGCAUACCCGGGGCAGAGACCAUUGAAGAGGUUAAUACAGGGGAAGAUCAAGAGGAGGAGUCAUCAAGCAGAUUUGACAAAGACAUUCUCGACAGUCCACACAGUGAUGCUGCUGCCAAUGUUGUAAAUGCAGAGGAGGAAUUAAAAAUAGAGAAAACACAACUGGACCAAUCCUUUUAA